UACUACCUGCUGAGUCUGGCAGCUGCAGACCUCAUCAUAGGUGUUUUCUCCAUGAAUCUAUACACCUCUUAUAUACUGAUGGGUUACUGGGCCUUGGGAAACCUCGCCUGUGACUUGUGGUUGGCAUUGGACUACGUAGCUAGCAAUGCCUCAGUCAUGAACCUGCUGGUGAUCAGUUUUGACAGAUAUUUCUCCAUCACCAGGCCUCUAACUUACAGGGCCAAACGGACUCCUAAACGAGCUGGGAUCAUGAUAGGUUUAGCAUGGCUAGUGUCACUUGUUCUGUGGGCCCCGCCUAUUCUCUGCUGGCAGUACUUUGUUGGAAAGAGGACUGUACCCGAGAGGCAAUGCCAAAUCCAGUUUUUCUCUGAGCCUGUAAUUACUUUUGGGACAGCUAUUGCAGCCUUUUACGUCCCUGUAUCUGUCAUGACAAUCCUCUACUGCAGAAUCUACAAGGAGACAGAAAAGAGGACCAAAGAUCUUGCAGAGCUUCAAGGGAUUAACUGUUCUACAGAGUCUGGGGUGGCUCAGCCUCAGAAAACCAUCAUCAGAUCUUGUUUUAGCUGUAAACUAAGCUCAGCAUCACAAGACAGGAACCAGGCCUCGUGGUCCUCCUCCACCAGGAGCAACGCAGUCAAAUCAGCAGCCACCACCAGCGAUGAGUGGUCCAAAGCUGGUCAGCUGACCACCUUUAACAGCUACGCCUCCUCCGAGGACGAGGACAGGCCAGUGUCUCCAGGAGGCUUCCAGACCUCCUUCGGGAACCAGGCUUGCAAGGCCACCAAGAGUGGAGUAUGCAGCGAGAGCGAGCAGCUCAGCAGCUACGAUGAAGAGAGUUUCUUUCAGACGCCACCCAAAAGCAACUCCCAGAAGAGCAGCAAGUGCGUGUCCUACAAGUUUAAACCAGUGACCAAGGAAAGUCACACAGAGCACCAAAGCAGAAACGGAGACACGAAAAUCACGUCGCCAACAUUCUCCUCGGCCGAGUCCAUGAGCGUUCCAUCCACCUCCACCAUGUCCAAGCCCAUAGACACAACGCUGAAAAGCCAGAUCACCAAGAGAAAAAGGAUGGUGCUGAUCAAGGAGAGAAAGGCAGCUCAAACUCUCAGCGCCAUCCUGCUGGCCUUCAUCUUAACAUGGACUCCUUAUAACAUCAUGGUGCUGAUUUCUACCUUCUGCUCUCAAUGCAUCCCCGUCUCCCUCUGGCACCUGGGCUACUGGCUGUGCUACGUCAACAGCACCGUCAAUCCCAUGUGCUACGCCCUUUGCAACAAGACUUUCCAAAAGACCUUCCGCAUGCUCUUACUCUGCCAGUGGAAAAAGAAAAGGAUCGAAGAGAAACUAUACUGGUAUGGACAAAACCCCGUGGUCAGCUCUAAAAUGACAUGAAGAAGUUGUGAGACAGUGGCUGUAAAUCACAUGUUUGCACCAAUAACUUUGGCUUUAUGAACUUGUGCAUACGUAUUAGGUGAUAUCAAAAGAUAUCCAGAGCCUAGUACAUCUUAUAGUGCUGCUCAUUAAUCAGUAGGUCUGCUAUAGUGUAUGGUAAUUGCUGCUGGAAGAAUAUUAUAUAUUUUGUACACUGUAUGUAGGGUCAAAAAUAUACAAAACAAACCAGUAUUUUUCUCCAAGUUGAAGCACAUUUACGCCAUUGAUUUACACAGCAGCACACUUUGAUAUAUGGAGACCAUCGUGAAGUUGCUCCAGUCUAAAAAGUCAAGCUGAUGCACUCAUACCCAAAAUGUCACAAGACACACAGAGCUCUUAAAUUCUUAAAGUAUUGUGCUUGUACUGAUGAGGCGUAUUUCCAAAUGGCUGUCGUUGUUUUUUUUUAAAAGGGCUAAUAUGCUUCAUCGUGAUGUUGGACUCUUGCUGUGCCACUGUAAUUUGUCCAAUGAAUAAAUGUGUAGAGAGUCAGCUUCAUUGUUUUGUCAUCACUUGCUAUGAUUUUCAUGUCGUGCGAAAUCCCAGUGCAAAAUACGGUUAUAGGAAUCAUGCGUAAAAGGCAUUAAUGGAUCACUUGAGUUUACCGAUUGGGAAUAACUAACUUGUUGAUAAUGUCAGUGUUUACAUUGGAGGUUUUGUGGAGGAUUUAACAGCUCACACUGUUUAUGAAUUCUCUUUAUUACAUUUUAUUCUCAGGAUAUUUUCUUUUUCAUUAAGCAUUGAACUACAGUAUGUUUUACUGUGGCUAAAUCAAUAUCACUGUAUUUCUGGCAAACUUGUAAUGUACUGUGGAAAAUGUGUUGGUGCGCUGCUCCUUUGUGUACCCACUGAAUGGACAGGCUAUUUUAUUUCUUUUAUCUGUCAUAAGCUAUAAUGCCAUGAAACACUUCUUGGUAACUGUGAUAAACCAGGAGUCUGCACUUGCAAUUAUCAGAAAGAAAAAAACAAAACUAAAAAACAUGCUUUGCUUCAAGUAUACUGACUUGGUGUGUGAUGGAAACAAAGCUAGAGCUAAAUCUGUACUGCGACUUUUUACUGUAUUUCAAGUUUGUGAUGCGUUUUUGUUUCUUUUCAGUAUUUUGUGA